CAAAAUUGGAGGGAAAUUUUAACAAACUCUUUCCAUGUUAAAAUUACAAUUCCAUCCCAUUACCUUCUGUACUCUACCUUUAGAGCCCUUAUCAAAUUAUAUGCCAAGAGUAAAGCUUUCUCCGCUUAAUUCCCAAUUCACUUCCGAAAUUACAGAAUCUCACCGCAUUCGCUCAAAACCCACUUGCAGAAUCUAUAGAUACAACUAGUGUGUUCGUGUUAUUUAAGGAUUUAUCAUAAAUUUGAUGAGAUGGAUGGAAAAACAGCAGGAGAAGAUGAGAUACUUGAUUUGAGUAAAAAAUCAAUUGAGAGAAAAAGGAAGAGAGAAAUCGAUAUUUUAAGUGCCAAUGUAAAGCAGGAUACUUCGAAUGGCUUUGUGGGGAGGGUUUUGAGGUCAAGGACAUUGGCUAUGACUGAUGGUGAAAAACAAGUCAUUGAGAUGGAAAUAGAUAAUGUGGAAGAAAAGGAUGAAGGAGAGAUGCAGGUUUCGCGGAAAAGGAAAACAAUGAAGGGACGGCGAGGUAGGCCCCCCAAAAAUAAAUAUGGUGAUUGUGAGUUGAGUUUUGGGGAGAAUGAUGAUAAGGUAACAGGGCACAAAACAGUGGAUGAGGGUAUUAAAGGGACUGGCCGAGGAAGGAAAAAGGUUAAUGGUCGGGUUGGAAGGCCACCCAAGGUGAAGGACAGGAUUCCUGGAAUAGUUUUAAAGAAAGAUGAUAAGGUGGAUGAGACUUAUAAUGGGAGGACUGGACGUGGAAGGAAAAAAGUUAAGGGUCAGGUUGGAAGGCCGCCCAAGGUGAAGGACGGCAUUUCAGGAAUAGUUUUAAAGAAAGAUGAUAAGAUAACUGGGCAGAAGACAGCGGAUGAGAGUAAUAAAGGGACUGGCCGAGGAAGGAAAAAAGUUAAGGGUCGGGUUGGAAGGCCUCCCAAGAUGAACGAUGGGGCUUCUGAAAUUGUUUUAAAGAAGAAAAAAGGCAUGCGAGUGAAGGAUAAAGGCAUUGGUACUAAUGGCUUUAAGAAAGAUGGUGAUCAUGCGAAGACUGGUGUUUGUGGCAGGGGAAAGAGGAUAAAGGUUGAUCCUGAUGAUUUGGGAAAGAGGAUGAAGGAAGAUUCGGGGAAAGAGGUGUUCACCGAAGGAAAGGAAAAUGGGCGUAGGGAAGAGAAGCAGAUAGUGAGGGAUCAGAUAGAUUCUAUGCUUAAGAAGGCAGGGUGGACUAUUCAGUCCAGGCAGAGGCAAUCCAAAGAUUACCAGGAUGCUGUUUACGUUGACCGAGAGGGAAGAACUUACUGGUCUGUGACCUUGGCCUAUAGAAAGCUGAAGGAGAGGAUUGAUGGUGGUAAUGCAGAUGAUAAAGAUGUUUCUGCAUUCAGCCUGAUACCGGAGGAGGUGUUCAGCAUGCUAUUCAGAAUCACUGAGAAGGGAAAGAAAGGAAAGAAAGCUAAGGUAAUAAAAGAAGGUGCUGGAAAGACUAAUAAAGGUAUUACUACAAAGGAGUCAUCUAAGAGUAAAUCAUUAGGCAGGGUAAAUAAAUCAAGAUUAAAUAGGGGCAAAAGACGAACACUAUGGGCUCGUAGACCGGGGGAAGGAUCUGACAGCGAUAAUGAUGAACUAUACAAGGGGAAGCGCUCGCUACUAUCAUGGAUGAUUGAUUUGGGAGCAGUUCCCCCCAGUGGGAAGGUGAGUUACAAGGGAGGAAAGUGUACAGAAUUGAUGCUCGAAGGGAAGAUUACAAGAGAUGGAAUCUGUUGCAACUGUUGCAAUAAAAUGCACACCAUUUGGGACUUUGAAUCUCAUGCAGGAAGCGGGCUUCAUAAACCAUUUAAAAAUAUCUAUUUGGAAUCCGGGGUUUCUCUUCAACAAUGCCUCAUGGACUCCUGGACUAAGCAUUCAGCAACUGAUCAAACUGAAUUUGUUUCAGUGCAUAUGAACGGUGAUGAUCCCAAUGAUGAUAUAUGCAACAUUUGUGCAGAUGGCGGUGAUUUGAUGUGUUGCGAUGCUUGCCCAUCGGCAUUCCAUAAUGUCUGUUUGGGAAUUGAAAAGGUUCCCUCUGGAGAUUGGAUCUGUGUAUGCUGCUCAUGCAAAUUCUGUGGAGUGGCUGGUAAAAUUACCUCAAAGAUCGACGAAGAUCACAAUUCAGUUGUGUCCGAAUUAUUUAUGUGUCAUUUGUGUGAGCAAAAAUUCCACCUGCCUUGCAUUGGUGGGAAGGAUGCUAGUCAUAUUGAUUACCAUAAUCCAUCCUUUUGUGGGCCAGAAUGCCAGAAGAUUUUUGAUAGCCUACAGGUACUGCUCGGGGUGAUACAUGAACUAGAAGGAGGAUAUUCCUACACCAUUCUUCAGCAUCGUGAUGCAUCUUCCAAUGAUGACUCAUCGGUGGUUGAAAGCAAUUCCAAAUUAGCUCUGGCUUUUUCUGUCAUGGAUGAAUGUUUUCUACCUAUCAUUGACCACCAAUGUGGAAAGAAUAUUAUUCACAACAUUGUCUACAGCAGUGGGUCAAACCUUAGACGGCUGAACUACAGUGGGUUCUGUACCGUUAUUCUAGAGAAGGGUGAUGAAAUUGUUGCAGCUGCAUCUAUAAGGAUCCAUGGGAGUCAGCUAGCCGAGAUGCCUUUCAUUGGAACUCGUUUGAGGUAUCGACGUCAAGGGAUGUGCAGCAGGCUUCUAAAGGCAAUUGAAACGGUUCUUGGCUCUCUUGGUGUUGAGAAACUGGUCAUACCUGCAAUAUCUGAACUUAAUGAAACAUGGAAAAAGGUUUUUCAUUUCGUGACUCUUGAAGAGUCAAAGAGACGAGAAAUGACGUUAAUGAAUAUAGUAGCAUUCCCAGGAAUUGAUAUGUUACAGAAACCUUUACAAAAGCGAGCUAUACAAGACGAGCCUACUGAGGACAUCAAGGGUCAAGUCGAAAAUUAGAUGAAGUUACCGCUACAGUUGAUUCAGAUUCCGACUUGACUAAUGGCUUCUUAGCUAUGGAGUCGACUGAAAUUGGAACAUAGCUAUGGAGUCGAAGAAGAGGAACAAGGACGGACACAAAGACGCAGAUAACCCAUGAAGGGGCUGACUGGCUGAAGUUUUCGUCCUUGUAUAAACUCGAUGUUGUAUAGGGGAAUCGUACCCAUGUCUACGUAACUAAACUUUAUAGGGACUUUCAAUUUUUUUAUAAGGAAAAAAAAAAUAAGAAAUUCUCUCUUUUUAAGAGAUUGAAUUUGAUAGAAAAAUAUUCGAAAUAUUUUUUUUUUGCUUUGACACGUGAGAAGAUAGAAAAUAAAUCCUUAAUUUGAAUGUUCAUUUUUGGUUAGGUGAGACUUACUGACCUCAUAUCCAGUGCUUAGACAUAAUGUCUUUGAAUA